AUGGGUUCUGGAACUUCCCCUCCCUUGGGUCCGAAGCCGAAAUCCGCCAUUCCAUCUCAUAUGUUGAAUGGAAGCUCUCCCCUAACUCUCCCAACCGGUGCUCGUGACGCUCGUGAACGUGAUAGUCUCAACUCAUCCAUCCGCUCCUCUUUUGCCCCUCGCAUACCGGUUGGAUUCGAAUCGGAUACCAUGACACAAUCCAACAGCAAUGUCACCGAUGGCACAACUGCCCCUGUCCGCGGUUCCGGAGACUCCAAACCUACUUUGAGUGAUCCCCCACGCGACCCCCGAGACGAAGGUGGUCCGUUGACCCCACCGGCAACAGUCAGUCGACCUGCGAGUCCCUUCACCCUCAGCACUCCAAUUGACUUCGAUGGACUCAGUUGGCCAUGUCCCGGUACGAGAGAACGAUUGGAAUCCUCGCCCGAGCAGACUGCAGAACGAGUCCAGAAGCUUGCUGGAGCUGUUAGGACUAUUCUGGAAUGCAUCGGAGAGGACCCUGAAAGAGAGGGACUCCUGGAAACCCCCGAACGAUAUGCCAAGGCUAUGCUUUACUUCACCAAAGGCUACGAAGAGAACGUUCGGGAUCUUGUCAAUGGUGCAGUAUUCCACGAGGACCACGAUGAGCUAGUCAUUGUCAAGGAUAUCGAGGUGUUUUCCAUGUGUGAACAUCAUAUGGUUCCAUUCUUGGGCAAGAUGCAUAUCGGAUACAUUCCUGACCGCCGUGUUCUUGGUCUCUCGAAACUUGCCCGUCUCGCGGAAAUGUUCUCCCGCAGACUUCAGGUACAAGAGCGUCUCACCAAGCAGGUUGCGCUCGCUAUAUCGGAGGUCCUGAAGCCACGAGGUGUUGGUGUUGUCAUGGAAUCCUCCCAUCUUUGCAUGGUCAUGCGUGGCGUUCAAAAAACUAGCAGCAGCACCACUACAAGCUGUAUGCUGGGAUGCAUGCGGUCGAGUGCAAAGACGAGAGAGGAGUUCUUGACCCUCCUGAACAGGAGGUGA